AGAGUUUGUGUCAAAACAAUUGAAAGGAUUGCAAACUCAACAGAAAUCACUUGUUUUACACAUCAGCGCCUGCGAGACAAUUAUGGACCGCAAGAAAGCCAUCAAUUUUGCCGAACAGUUGACUGUUGAACGCAAUCUCGUCGAAGGUUUUGAUCCCAAGGCUUGUCUUCAGUUUAUAGAAGAGGGAAUAAUACGACAAUUGGGACCAAUUGUCUCCUUAAGACUCAUUUGUUUAUAUUCUAUAACGCAAUCGGGAAUCGCGUCGAAAGACUACAAGAAUUUAGUCAAACUUUAUUUGCAAAGUUAUGGACACAACCAUAUCAUCACAUUUUUUAAUUUGAAAAAAUUGGGAAUUAUUGUGGAGAAUAUGGGAUCGAAUAUCUCUAACCCUUUGAUGCUUCGGUCAAACGAAUCGAUUCGUAAGUUUCGCCAAACGGUUAAGAAAUUGAAUUUAAUUCCGCAAAUC